AUGGAAGAAGUGGUGGUUGUACCUGAAUGUUCUCCAGAAUUGAAGCCCGUCGUUGGUCAGAAGUUCCAAUCACUAGAUUUUGCUUUUGUGUUUUACGAUGUAUAUGCUCGCGCUGUUGGUUUUGAUACGCGCAAACAAGGAAUGAGGAAGACGGACGGUGUUACCACUUGGUAUUAUGUUGUAUGCAAUAGGGAAGGCAGCAAGAAGUCGAACGAGGAUGACCAAUUGAAUGCACGUUCUGGUUUUUCUAUGAAACGCAAACGGUUAUCCAAGCAUUGUGGUUGUAAAGCGAGUAUAUCGUUCAAGUUCUUCUCUGAAGGAGGACUUCCAGGUUAUAUUAUUCAGGAGUUCAACGAGGUUCAUAACCAUUAUAUGGUUGAGUCAGAGCAUCAGCAUUUUAUGACACUGAAUCGAAAGUUGGAUGAUUCUUAUUAG